GUAAUAUGUUAUAAUGGAUGAUUUAUGUUGCAGGCGAAAGGAAAGAAGCGUCAGAUCGGUUGGUUUCCGGCUUCCUAUGUGAAGACGCUUGGCGGAGGCGGGACGGGCCGAACCACCCCCCUGCAGUGCAAGACCCCCGACCCCAUGCCUCCUGUCGACAAUCCUGGCGCUGAGCGAGUGAUAGCGCAGUACCAGUACGUGGCCCAGAACGAGGACGAGCUGAGUUUCGACAAGGAUGACAUCAUAGUGGUGGUCAGUCGCGAUGAGCCAUCCUGGUGGAGAGGCGAGCUGCGUGGAGCCACUGGCCUCUUCCCCUCCAACUACGUCACUCCUCUAUUAGAUAGUUCAACAAGUGGCAUGACAAUGAACCACGACGAAAGAAAAAGACAGCAGGCCAUCAAGGAGUUGAUUACCACAGAACAGGCUUAUAUAGAUGAUAUGUCGGUUGUUCAUGACGUGUUUGAAAAACCAUUGAUUGAAAGUAAAAUAAUCUCUCCAGAACAAGUCAACAAAAUUUUUGUCAAUUGGAGAGAAAUCAUUGUGUGCAAUUUUAUGUUUCUAAGAGCUUUGAGGGUCCGUCGAGAUAUGAGUCAAGGUGGCAUUAUACGGAUGAUUGGUGACAUUUUAUGCGAAAAUGUGAUUGCACGGAUGACGGGUUACGUGCGUUUCUGCAGCUGCCAGCUGUCAGCGGCGUCUCUGCUGCAGAGUCUGACAGAGGAGUCAGUGGCCUUCAAACAGCUGUCCAAAAAGUGUCAGACCGAUCCCAGAACCAAGGGUCUGCCACUCAGCUCGUUCCUUGUCAAACCCAUGCAGCGCAUCACCAAAUAUCCCCUUCUCAUAAAAAAGAUACUUGAACAUACACCCUCGGAUCAUCCAGAUAGAUUGUACUUGGAAGAAGCAUUGACCAAAGCUGAGGAAUUUUUAGUGCAGGUAAAUGAAGGUGUAGCUGAAAAGGAGAACUCCGAACGACUUGAAUGGCUGCAAACGCAUGUGCUCUGCGAAGGACUUGAUGAGCCUCUCAUAUUUAAUUCCAUGACCAAUACUCUUGGACCUAGAAAGUUCAUUCACUACGGAGUUCUUACAAAGACAAAAAGUGGAAAGCAACUGGUUGGAUUCUUACUGAAUGACUUCCUUCUGCUGGCCCAACCUCACAGACCGCUUGUCGACAAUCAGUUCAACUUUGAACGAUAUUCGAAUUGUGUAUUCAGAAUAUACAAAGAGCCUUUACUUCUGAUUGACACUGCAAUCCAUAACAGUCCAAGCAGUCCAGACUUGAUAGAACUGAAACUGGAGUACAACAAGAUUGUCUACAACUUGAGUGCAAACAGUGUUAACGAGAGAAAUCUCUGGCUGAAGAAGAUCGGCGAGGCACAGAAAGAGUUGAUGCACCGUCAAAAGUGUCAUCUUCAGAGGCAGCAAUCCAAACAAGCGAAAUUCGGAGCAGUCGGCAGAAUUCUUGUAGCUGUUUUGGAAGGAAGAAGUCUGAAACCAUCCCCUGCUGCUGGCAAGCGCGGAGUUUUCUGUGAAGUGAGCAUGGGCUCCCAGGAGCACCGCACCCCCCUCACGUCACCCACCGAGCCCAAGUGGAAUGCGUCGAUGCAGUUCCUUGUCAAAGACGUCAUGGAGGAUGUGCUCUGUGUAACUGUAUUCGACAAGGGACACUAUUCGCCUGAUGAAUUUUUGGGAAGAACUGAGUUGAGAGUGAGUGAUAUACUGGAUGUGACAAGGGAUACACCAGGACCAAUCACCCGGUGGCUACCUCUGUAUGAAGUCGAAUCUGGACAGAUCUCCCUCAAAAUAAGUCUGGUUUUAUUCGAAAAAUGAAAGACAUCUCUCAUCGAGUCAACGAACAAGGCUGAGAAUUAAGUUCAAUCAAAAUAGAAGAUGACAACGUUUGUCGGGCAGCACCUUAUGCCUUAAGGGUGAACGAAGUAGAAAAACUACGGUACCUUGCUUUACGGUAAGCGGAGUUGAAAAGCCUCUGAAGGAUCUCCUUUGGCUCAAUGUCAUUCAUUUCUCAUUGGAAAACACUUUCUUGAUUCACGAACCACCGUACUUAUCCAAACUAAAUUACAGUUUACCUCAUCACACAUUGUACACAGUGUGUUGUCUUGGAAACUUUCUAUAAGCUUUUUUUUAUAAAAUCUGAUGACUGCAAACGGUUUUAACCAAGGAAUGUAGAAUAGAUACAUUGGUUUUAACCGU